CGCUGCAUCCUCACCAAGCAAUGUGAAUGUUGUCCUCCCAAAAAAUAUUUGUAUUUCAUCAUCUUCUACUAGUAAAACAAAAACCAAUGGUGCUCCCCAACAUCUUAUUCAACACCACGUCCAAGAGGACCACAACGAACGCCAUCAACUACUCCAAGGUGGAAGACGCAAAGCCACACGUCUCCGACAAGACGCUCUCAAGAGUGAGUUCAAAAUGCUGCUGCAGUUGGGCUAUCAGACACAGUUGUUUGAGUCCCAGAACGUGAUUCAAGUAUCUAAGAACAAGGCACGUGCCUUUUUCCAGACAUUAAAGGCACUUGGACAUCCA